GUUGAGGCUAGGAAACCUUUCUGACAGUUGGAUACGGUUUACUUUGGAGCGUUUCGCUCCUAUCCGGGUUUUUCGAACUCGUUGUUAAGUGAUAAAAGAAGAAUAAUUGCAAGUAAGAUAAUAUUCUAACAAUAUCAUGGGUGAUUCUCUGGAUGGGACCAGUGAGCCCACACCAGAGACACAAAAUGUCGCGAUCGUAGACUUCACAUCAUUCACAAACUAUCUACGAAAGAUCGUGUCGAUUCUGGCUCCCGACGAAGAUGGAGUAUCACAGGACUUUAUCUCUGCUCUGGAAGACAAAAGCCAUCAAGAAUAUAUUCGCAAAUUCAUGAGUGAUUUUCAAGUUUGGGCUCUUUGUAUCCAACGAGCUUCAACAAAAGAGGAAGAUGGAGGUGAAGGAGAUGAAGAUAAAGACAGUGCAAUGUAUCACAUAUCGAAUGAAAUAUAUUUUACAAAUCCCAAAAUGUCAACAUUGGUAUUGAUAAAAAGAGGAGCUGUUAUUGAAGCGGAUAAGUCAAUUUCAUCACAAGUAAGAAUUGUCAAUUUCUCAGAUGGUCCACCGUAUGAGACAUUGCAUGCAAUUACUAAAACCAUGGCUCCAUUUUUCAAAAGUUAUGUUAAAGAAACCGGACGUAUUGAUCGAGAUGGUGAUAAAAUGGCACCGUCUGUAGAGAAAAAAAUAGCUGAAUUAGAAAUGGGUUUAUUACAUCUUCAACAGAACAUUGAUAUACCUGAAAUUUCUUUAGUUAUACAUCCAAUUGUCCAACAAGUUGUUAAACAAUGUUCUGAAGAAAAUAGAAAACCUAAAGUUGCUGAUUUUGGUGAUAAAGUUGAAGACUCAUCAUUUUUGAAUGCACUACAACAUGGUGUAAAUAGAUGGAUAAAAGAGAUUCAAAAAGUUACUAAAUUAAAUCGUGAUCCAGAAUCUGGCACAGCUUUGCAAGAAAUAUCAUUCUGGUUAAACCUGGAACGAGCUUUGAUUCGCAUUUUAGAGAAACGUGAAAGUGUUGAGGUCACAUUGACUUUAGAUAUUUUAAAACAUGGUAAACGUUUUCAUGCAACAGUGAGUUUUGAUACUGAUACAGGAUUAAAACAAGCCCUUGCUACAGUUAAUGACUAUAACCCUUUAAUGAAAGACUUUCCGAUAAAUGAUUUACUUUCAGCUACUGAACUUGAGCGAAUUCGUGCUGCCGUUCAACAAAUAUUCUUCCAUAUGAGGAAAAUACGACACACUAAAUAUCCAGUUCAACGAGUUUUGAGAUUAGUUGAAGCCAUUUCGCGUGAUUUGAGUCAACAGUUACUGAAAGUUCUUGGUACACGUCGUCUCAUGCACAUUCCUUUUGAUGAGUUUGAGAAAGUUAUGACUCAAUGUUUUGAAGUUUUCAAUACUUGGGAUGAUGAAUACGACAAACUUACUAGUUUAUUACGUGAUUUUGUGAAAAAGAAGAGGGAUGAACACAUGAAAAUGGUUUGGAGAGUUUCAUUGGCGCACAAAAAAUUACAAACAAGAAUGGAACAAAUGCGAAAAUUUAGACGACAACAUGAACAACUUCGUACAGUUAUUGUCCGUGUCCUUCGACCAACAGUUCGACAAAACAGUAAUAAUGCAGCAAUUGAAAAUCCUGACACUGACAAUCUAAAAGUUGAAUUUGCAUUGGAUGCAGCUGAUGCUAACGCUAUUGGUGAAAUUAAUUUGGCAUAUGAAAACGUUAAGGAAGUUGAUUGCUUGGAUAUUACUAAAGAAGGUCUUGAGUUAUGGGAAGCUGCUGUUCACCGAUAUGACGAACGAAUCGAACGUGUAGAAGCGAGGAUUACAGCACAUCUUCGUGAUCAACUUGGAACUGCUAAAAAUGCCAAUGAAAUGUUUAGAAUUUUUUCACGUUAUAAUGAACUCUUUUUCCGGUCUCACAUUCGUGGUGCUAUUAGGGAAUACCAAACACAACUUAUACAAAGAGUUAAGGAUGAUAUUGAAGCUCUACAUAAAAAGUUUAAAGUACAAUAUCCUCAGAGUAAAUGUUGCAAAAUGAGUAUGGUCAGGGACAUUCCACCAGUAUCUGGUUCAAUUAUUUGGGUCAAACAAAUUGACUAUCAACUGACAAUGUAUUUGAAACGUGUAGAGGAUGUCUUGGGUGUAGGAUGGGAAAAUCACAUCGAUGGUCAAAAACUUAAAGCAGAUGGUGACAGCUUCCGACUAAAGCUUUCAACUCAAGAGAUAUUCGAUGAUUGGGCACGGAAAGUUCAACAAAAGAACAUCGGUGUUACUGGCCGGAUCUUCACUAUUGAAAAUGUUCGCUCUCGUUCUGGACGAGGGAAUGUACUUAAACUAAAAGUUAACUUCUUGCCGGAAAUUAUUAUGCUUUCAAAGGAAGUGAGAAACUUGAAGAAUUUGGGAUUCCGGGUUCCGCUAGCUAUUGUGAAUAAAGCUCACCAAGCCAACCAACUUUAUCCAUUCGCUAUCAGCCUUAUUGAAAGUAUCAGGACUUAUGAAAGAACUCUUGAGAAAAUAGAGGACAAAGCCAGCAUCAUCCCUCUGGUAGCAGGAUUACGGAAAGAUGUACUGGCUCUAUUUUCAGAAGGUAUUGCUCUUGUCUGGGAAAGCUAUAAACUGGAUCCAUAUGUUCAACGCUUAUCAGAUAUUGUUGUUCAGUUCCAAGAGAAGGUUGAUGAUCUCCUCGUAGUUGAAGAACAACUUGAUGUUGAUGUUAGAUCAUUAGAAACAUGUCCGUACUCAGCAGCUACUUUUGCUGACAUUUUAGCUAAAAUACAAAAAUCUGUUGAUGAAUUAUCCUUGAAGAAUUACUCCAACUUACACAUUUGGGUAGCACGACUUGAUGAAGAGGUUGAAAAGAAUUUAGCAGCUCGUUUAGAAGCUGGAAUAAAAGCUUGGACAGAUGCCCUCAUGGGACAAAAGAAAGAAGUAGAUCUAAGUAUGGAUACAGAUGCUCCAAUUAAACCAACACAUAAACCAGGUGGUGAUCCCAAGAUACAAAAUCAAAUUCACGAAGUUCGCAUCACAAAUCAAACUAUGUAUUUAUACCCAAGUAUCGAAGACGCAAGAUUCCAGAUAAUGCAGCAACUGUUUGCUUGGCAAGCUAUUGUAACAUCACAAGUUCGUUUACAGAGUUCACGAUAUCAAGUUGGUCUUGAUAAACCAGAGUCUGGAACAUAUCGGAAUUUACUCACUAAACUACCAAAUGGGAAACAACCGUUGGAAGCAGCAUACGAAGCCAUUGAAUCAAAAAUGAAAGACGUAGCCGAGUAUGUUGAUCAAUGGUUACGAUAUCAAGCUCUAUGGGAUUUACAACCCGAGAAUUUGUAUGGUAAACUCGGUGAGGACAUAAAUCUCUGGAUGAAAUGUCUAAACGACAUCAAAAAAACUCGCACGACUUUUGAUACCUCGGACACACGACGAGAAUUCGGUCCUGUUAUAAUUGACUUUGCUAAAGUUCAGAGUAAAGUCUCAUUGAAAUACGAUUCUUGGCAUAAAGAAACUCUUGGUAAAUUCGGGGCUCUUCUUGGCAAUGAAAUGGCAAGUUUCCAUGCUCAAGUUUCUAAGUCACGUAGCGAUCUUGAACAACAAUCGAUCGAAGCAGCAAGCACUACUGAUGCGGUUGGUUUCAUUACAUACGUGCAAUCUCUAAAACGUAAGAUGAAAGCAUGGGAAAAACAGGUUGAUGUUUAUCGAGAAGGUCAACGAAUUCUUGAGCGCCAACGUUUCCAAUUUCCUUCUUCAUGGCUUCAUGUGGAUAAUAUUGAAGGAGAAUGGGGUGCAUUUAAUGAAAUAAUCAAACGAAAAGACUUAAGUAUCCAGACUCAAGUGGCUUCGUUGCAAAUGAAGAUUGUCGCCGAAGAUAAAGCAGUUGAGACGAGAACAUCCGAUUUUUUAAACGAUUGGGAGCGUGGAAAACCAGUAGAAGGGCAUUUAAGACCAGAUGAAGCUCUUCAACAACUCCAACUAUUUGAAAGUAAGUUUGCUAGACUGAAGGAAGAACGUGACAAUGUUGCGAAAGCUAAAGAGGCUCUUGAAUUACAAGAACCGGGUGGUUUAUCGACAAGUGAAGAUAGAAUGCAAGUGGUCUUCGAAGAACUUCAAGAUUUACGUGGUGUGUGGUCGGAAUUGUCUAGAAUAUGGGCACAGAUUGAUGAGACACGAGAAAAACCAUGGUUAUCAGUACAACCUCGAAAACUACGUCAACAACUUGAUACAAUGAUGGCUCAACUCAAAGAAUUACCUGCUAGACUAAGACAAUAUUCUUCCUAUGAAUAUGUCAAAAAAAUGUUACAUAAUUAUACCAAAGUUAACAUGCUUAUUUUUGAGUUGAAAUCUGAUGCCCUGAAAGAACGUCACUGGAAACAAUUAACUAAACAGUUAAGAGUUAAUUGGAUUCUGAGCGAACUUACGCUUGGUCAAGUUUGGGAUGUUAAUCUUCAAAAGAAUGAAAGUAUAGUCAAAGAUAUUAUCUUAAUCGCCCAGGGAGAAAUGGCUCUUGAAGAAUUUUUAAAACAAGUACGAGAAUCUUGGCAAACUUACGAACUAGAUUUAAUUAAUUAUCAAAGCAAAUGUAAAUUAAUUCGUGGAUGGGAUGAUUUAUUUAAUAAAGUUAAAGAGCAUAUCAAUUCCGUAGCUGCUAUGAAACUUUCACCGUACUAUAAAGUAUUUGAAGAAGAGGCUUUGACGUGGGAAGAAAAAUUAAAUAGAAUAAAUGCUUUAUUCGAUAUUUGGAUUGAUGUUCAACGUCGUUGGGUUUAUCUCGAAGGAAUAUUCUCUGGAAGUGCAGACAUUAAAACCUUGCUACCUGUUGAAACGUCACGAUUCCAAAGCAUUAGUUCAGAGUUUCUUGGUCUUAUGAAAAAAGUGUCUAAAUCGCGAAUGGUUAUGGAUGUAUUAAAUAUUCCUGGUGUUCAAAAAGCUCUUGAAAGAUUGGCAGAUCUGUUAGGAAAAAUUCAAAAAGCUCUUGGAGAAUAUUUAGAAAGAGAGAGAACUUCUUUCCCACGGUUUUACUUUGUGGGAGAUGAAGAUCUUCUUGAAAUCAUUGGUAAUAGUAAAAAUGUUGCAAGACUACAAAAACAUUUUAAGAAAAUGUUCGCAGGAGUUGCAGCAAUAAUUUUAAAUGAAGACAAUACAGUUAUCACUGGUAUUGCUUCGAGAGAAGGUGAAGAAGUACAUUUCCAGACUCCAGUAUCUACUAUUGACUACCCAAAAAUUAACGAAUGGUUAACACUUGUAGAGAAAGAAAUGCGAGUAACUCUAGCAUCUAGUUUAGCAAAAGCUGUGUCGGAUAUAAAACAAUUUAAAGAUGGAAAUAUCAAUGCUCCAGCAUUUAUGAAAUGGUGUGAUAAUUAUCAGGCGCAAAUAAUUGUUUUAGCAGCACAAAUUUUAUGGUCUGAAGAUGUCGAAGCUGCUUUACAUGAAGCACAAGCUGAUCCAAGUAAAAAUCCAUUAGAAAGAGUAUUAAAUCAAGUAGAGGGCACUUUAAAUAUUCUAGCUGACUCUGUACUUCAAGAACAACCAGCUCUCAGAAGAAAAAAACUUGAGCAUUUGAUAAAUGAAUUUGUUCAUAAAAGAACAGUUACAAGACGAUUGAUUGCAAAUAAAGUAUCUAAUCCAAAAGCAUUUGAGUGGUUGUGUGAAAUGAGAUUCUACUUUGAUCCACGACAAACUGAAGUUUUACAGCAAUUGACUAUUCACAUGGCUAAUGCUAAAUUCUUUUAUGGAUUUGAAUACCUCGGUGUUCAAGACAGAUUAGUACAGACACCACUUACUGAUCGUUGUUACUUAACAAUGACGCAAGCAUUAGAAGCAAGACUUGGUGGAUCACCUUUUGGACCUGCUGGUACUGGAAAGACUGAAUCAGUUAAAGCACUUGGACAUCAACUUGGAAGGUUUGUUCUUGUAUUCAACUGCGAUGAAACUUUUGACUUUCAAGCAAUGGGUCGUAUAUUUGUUGGAUUAUGUCAAGUUGGUGCUUGGGGUUGUUUUGAUGAAUUCAAUCGUCUCGAGGAAAGAAUGCUUUCAGCAGUUUCUCAACAAGUUCAAACAAUCCAAGAAGCACUGAAAAGCCAAAUGGAAGGCAAAAAAGAAGGAACUUUGUGCGUUGAAUUAGUUGGAAAGCAAGUCAAAGUUUCCACAGAUAUGGCCAUCUUCAUCACAAUGAAUCCCGGCUAUGCGGGCCGAUCCAAUUUACCUGAUAACUUGAAGAAAUUAUUUAGAUCACUGGCUAUGACUACUCCAGAUAGACAAUUAAUUGCUGAAGUUAUGUUGUUUAGCCAAGGCUUCAGAUCUGCUGAGAAACUUGCAUGCAAAAUUGUCCCAUUCUUCAAACUUUGUGAUGAACAGCUAUCUAAUCAAUCUCAUUACGAUUUUGGUCUACGUGCCCUAAAGUCAGUUCUAAUAUCUGCUGGUAAUGUUAAACGAGAUAGAAUUCAAAGAAUAAAAGAAGGAAUGCAAAGCCGAGGAGAAGAGAAUAUUGAUGAAGCUUCAAUCGCUGAAAAUUUACCAGAACAAGAAAUUCUCAUCCAAUCAGUCUGUGAGACUAUGGUUCCCAAGUUGGUUGCUGAAGACAUUCCACUAUUAUUCAGUUUACUCAAUGAUGUAUUCCCCAAUGUAAAUUACACACGAGCUGAAAUGAAAGGUUUGAAAGAUCAGAUCCGAAAAGUCUGUGCGGAAGAAUAUCUUGUAUGUGGAGAAGGUGACGAACAGGGAGGAGCUUGGCAAGAAAAGGAAUUGGUUGGUGAAACUUGGGUGGAGAAGGUUUUACAACUCUAUCAAAUUUGCAACUUGAACCAUGGAUUAAUGAUGGUUGGUCCAAGUGGAUCAGGGAAAACCACAGCCUGGAAAGUUCUCCUCAAGGCAUUGGAAAGAUUCGAAGGUAUUGAAGGUGUUGCUCACGUUAUUGAUCCUAAAGCUAUCAGCAAAGAAACUCUUUACGGAGUAUUGGAUCCUAAUACUCGAGAAUGGACUGAUGGUCUUUUUACUCAUAUCCUUCGUAAGAUUAUUGACAACGUUCGUGGAGAAAUUAAUAAACGACAAUGGAUUAUUUUUGAUGGCGAUGUUGAUCCAGAGUGGGUAGAAAACCUUAAUUCAGUUCUUGAUGAUAAUAAACUUCUUACUUUACCUAAUGGUGAACGUUUAAGUUUACCUCCAAAUGUAAGAGUAAUGUUUGAAGUUCAAGACUUGAAAUAUGCUACUCUCGCAACUGUAUCUCGAUGUGGAAUGGUAUGGUUCUCUGAAGAUGUACUUUCUACAGAAAUGAUUUUCGAAAAUUACUUACUACGUUUAAAGAACAUUCCUCUAGAAGACGGUGAUGAAGAUAAUUUGAGUAAGAAAACAGAAAAAGAUGAUUCAAUGUCUCCAGCUCUUUCUGUUCAACGAGAAGUAGCUUGCAUAUUCCAAAGUUAUUUUGCACCCGAUGGUUUGGUUGUUAGAUGUUUAGAAUAUGCGAUGAAGCAAGAGCAUAUCAUGGACUUUACGAGACUAAGAGCAUUAAGCUCUCUGUUCUCUAUGCUCAAUCAAGCGGUUCGUAAUGUACUGCAAUAUAAUCACGCACACGUUGAUUUUCCUUUGCCAAGUGAACAGUUGGAACGUUAUAUGCCUAAAUGUCUAGUUUAUGCUCUACUUUGGAGCUUUGCUGGAGAUGCCAAAUUAAAAGUAAGAUCCGAUUUAGGAGAUUUCAUCAGAUCCAUUACAACAGUGCCUUUACCUUCUCAAGGGAACAUUCCCAUCAUCGAUUUCGAAGUUAAUAUCAAUGGAGAAUGGAUGCCAUGGAGUAAUAAAGUCCCCCAAAUUGAAGUUGAAACUCAUAAAGUUGCUAGUCCAGAUAUUGUCGUACCAACUCUUGAUACUGUAAGACAUGAGAGCCUUUUGUAUACUUGGUUAGCCGAGCAUAAACCUUUAGUGCUUUGUGGACCUCCAGGGUCAGGUAAAACCAUGACACUUUUUUCUGCUUUGCGAGCUUUACCAGAUAUGGAAGUUGUUGGUCUCAACUUUUCUUCAGCUACAACUCCUGAACUGCUAUUAAAAACUUUUGAUCAUUAUUGUGAGUACCGUAAAACACCCAAUGGUGUCGUUUUGUCCCCUGUACAAUUGGGAAAAUGGUUAGUACUUUUCUGUGAUGAAAUUAACCUUCCAGACAUGGAUAAUUACGGAACACAAAGAGUAAUUUCAUUCUUAAGACAAUUAGUUGAGCACCGAGGAUUUUAUCGUACUAGUGAUCAAGCUUGGGUAACACUUGAGCGAAUACAAUUUGUCGGAGCUUGUAAUCCACCCACCGAUCCCGGUAGGAAGCCACUUAGUCAUCGAUUCUUAAGACAUGUGCCAGUAAUAUAUGUUGACUACCCAGGAGAGACAUCACUCAAACAAAUUUACGGAACAUUCACCCGUGCUAUGUUGCGAUUGACUCCAUCAUUACGUGGUUACGCUGAGCCGUUGACUAAUGCCAUGGUUGAAUUCUACUUAGCUUCUCAAGAAAGAUUCACCCAAGAUAUGCAGCCGCAUUAUGUUUAUUCACCUCGUGAGAUGACGCGAUGGGUACGAGGAAUCUGUGAGGCCAUUCGACCUCUUGAUAGUCUUUCAGUUGAAGGUCUAGUGCGCUUAUGGGCUCACGAAGCUCUUCGUCUUUUCCAAGAUCGUCUAGUAGAAGAUUCAGAACGUGCAUGGACCAACAAAAAUAUUGACAUUGUAGCCAUGAAACACUUCAUGGGAGUGGAUAAAGAAAAAGCACUUGAGAGACCCAUUUUAUACAGUAACUGGCUUUCUAAGGAUUAUGUUCCAGUCAAUAGACAAGAACUUAGAGAUUAUGUACGUGCUAGACUUAAAGUAUUUUAUGAAGAAGAACUGGAUGUUCCUCUUGUGCUUUUUGAUGAAGUUCUCGAACACGUACUACGAAUUGAUAGAAUUUUCCGACAACCACAAGGACAUUUGUUACUUAUUGGUGUGUCUGGUGCAGGAAAAACUACCUUGUCACGAUUUGUCGCUUGGAUGAAUGGUUUAUCAAUAUUCCAAAUCAAAGUUCACAAUAAAUACACUGGUGAAGAUUUUGAUGAAGAUCUGAGACAAGUUUUGAGAAGAUCUGGAUGUAAAGAUGAAAAAAUAGCAUUCAUUUUAGAUGAAUCAAACGUACUUGAAUCUGGAUUUUUAGAAAGGAUGAAUACUCUCUUGGCUAAUGGUGAAGUACCUGGAUUAUUUGAAGGAGAUGAAUAUACAACACUCAUGACUCAAUGUAAAGAAGGAGCUCAAAGGGAAGGAUUGAUGCUUGAUUCUAAUGAAGAGCUAUACAAGUGGUUUACAGGACAGGUUAUGAAGAAUUUGCAUGUUGUCUUCACAAUGAACCCAAGUACUGAUGGACUCAAGGAUCGCGCUGCUACAUCUCCUGCCCUCUUCAAUCGUUGUGUAUUGAAUUGGUUUGGUGAUUGGUCAGAUAAUGCAUUAUUCCAAGUUGGCAAAGAAUUCACUAGUCGAGUGGAUCUUGAAAAACCAUCUUGGAAAGCUCCAGAUUUUUUCCCAUCUGCAUGCUCAUUGAUUCCCAACCCUCCAAUGCAUAGAGAUGCUGUUAUAAAUGCUUGUGUCUAUGUCCAUCAAACUCUACAUAAAGCAAAUACCAGACUUGUUAAGAGAGGCAGCAGGACGAUGGCUAUUACACCUCGUCAUUAUCUAGACUUUAUUAACCAUUUUGUUAAAUUGUAUCAAGAGAAGCAAAGUGAUCUAGAAGAACAACAAUUGCAUUUAAAUGUUGGUCUUGCUAAGAUUGCUGAGACUGUUGAACAAGUUGAAGAAAUGCAAAAAAGUUUAGCUGUUAAAUCACAGGAAUUACAAGCUAAAAAUGAAGCUGCUAAUGCUAAAUUAAGGCAAAUGGUUAAAGAUCAACAAGAAGCUGAGAAGAAGAAAGUUCAAAGUCAGGAAAUCCAACAACAAUUAGCUAUACAAACAGUGGCGAUUAACCAGAAGAGGGAAGAUGUCAUGGCUGAUCUCGCACAAGUAGAACCAGCUGUAAUUGACGCACAAAAUGCGGUGAAAUCAAUAAGAAAACAACAUUUGGUCGAAGUUCGUUCCAUGGCAAAUCCUCCGGCAAUUGUCAAGGUUGCAUUGGAAUCAAUCUGCCUAUUACUUGGUGAAAAUGCUAGUGAUUGGAAAUCAAUCCGUGCUGUCAUCAUGAGAGACAACUUUAUCAAUACUAUUGUCUCUAAUUUCAGUACUGAGGAUAUAACGGAUGAAGUUCGUGAAAAAAUGAAGAGUAGAUAUCUUAGCAAUCCUGAUUAUAAUUUUGAAAAAGUUAAUCGUGCUAGUAUGGCGUGUGGACCUAUGGUUAAAUGGGCUACUGCACAGAUUGAAUAUGCAGAUAUGUUAAAACGAGUGGAACCACUUCGUGAAGAAUUAUACUCUCUCGAACGACAAGCUGAAACAAACAAAUUAAAGGGUGAAGAAAUUAAAAAUUUAAUUGCUCAAUUAGAGCUCAGCAUAGCAUCAUAUAAAGAAGAAUAUGCACAGCUUAUUUCUCAAGCUCAAGCAAUCAAGACUGAUUUGGAAAAUGUGCAAGGUAAAGUGGAUCGAUCGAUUGCACUAAUCAAGUCUCUAGUUAUUGAAAGAGAACGAUGGGAAGCCACAAGUGAUACAUUCCGUAGUCAAAUGUCAACUAUUAUUGGUGAUGUUCUUUUAUCAUCAGCUUUCUUAGCUUACGCUGGUUAUUUCGAUCAACAUUAUCGACAAAAUUUGUUUUCAACUUGGUGCCAACAUCUUCAACACGCAAACAUCCAAUUCCGUCCGGAUAUAGCAAGAACAGAAUAUUUAUCUAAUCCUGAUGAAAGAUUACGCUGGCAGGCAAAUGCUCUACCAACGGAUGAUCUCUGUACGGAAAAUGCUAUUAUGUUGAAACGCUUCAAUAGAUACCCAUUGAUCAUUGAUCCGUCAGGUCAAGCUACAGAAUUUAUUAUGAAUGAAUUUAAAGACCGUAAAAUCACCAAGACUAGUUUCCUGGAUGACUCCUUUAGGAAAAAUCUCGAGAGUGCUCUUCGCUUUGGUAAUCCUCUUCUAGUUCAAGACGUGGAAAAUUAUGAUCCAGUCUUGAAUCCGGUGUUGAACAGAGAGUUAAGACGAACGGGUGGAAGAGUUUUGAUUACUUUAGGAGAUCAGGAUAUUGACCUUUCUCCAUCAUUCGUUAUUUUCCUCUCGACUAGAGAUCCUACUGUGGAAUUUCCUCCUGAUAUAUGUUCUCGCGUAACUUUCGUCAACUUUACGGUUACUCGAAGCUCUCUUCAAAGCCAAUGUCUUAAUCAAGUUCUUAAAGCAGAACGUCCAGACAUAGAUGAAAAGAGGUCUGAUUUAUUGAAAUUACAAGGAGAAUUCCAUCUUCGUUUAAGACAGUUAGAGAAAUCACUUCUUCAAGCUCUCAACGACGCUAAAGGAAAGAUUCUUGAUGAUGAUUCAGUUAUAACAACUUUGGAGACUCUAAAACAAGAAGCUGCUGAUAUCAGCAAGAAAGUUGAAGAAACUGAUAAGGUAAUUGCAGAAAUUGAAACUGUUUCACAUCAGUACUUACCACUGUCUCAAGCAUGUUCGAAUAUAUACUUUACUAUGGAUAGUCUUAAUCAAAUUCAUUUUCUCUAUCAAUACUCUUUAAAAAUGUUUUUGGACAUUUUCACAUCAGUUCUUUCACAGAAUCCUAAAUUGAGCGGAGUUUCUGAUUAUACUCAACGACUGUCGUUGAUCACGAGUGAUUUGUUUUCGGUAUGUUAUGAAAGAGUAGCUCGAGGAAUGUUACAUGCUGAUAGAAUGACGUUUGCUCUGCUAUUAUGCCGUAUUCAUCUAAAAGGAAUCGUUAAUGAAUCAACUUAUGAUCCAGAAUUUACAUUCUUUCUACGUGGAAAAGAAGGCGUGCUAAAUGUCCGUGGAACAAUGAUUUCAAGUUUGAGUUCUGAACAACAAGAAGCCAUGAUGCGUUUGAGUAUUCGACUUCCUGCAUUUAAAAAGUUGGCUCAGAAUAUCCAAGAAAGUCCAGAAUUUGUUGCAUGGCUACAAUCAUCUACUCCAGAGACUGCAGUACCAAAGUUAUGGGAAGAGGAAAAACCUUUGUCACCGAUUGGCACGGCAGUUCAUCAACUGCUCUUGAUCCAAGCAUUCAGACCCGAUCGAGUAAUUGCUGCAGCAGCUUUGUUUAUUACUUCGGCUUUGGGAGAUAAAUUUAUGGCAGCCGCUGAAGCUGAAAUCGAUUUUGCUGCUGUCGUUGAAAAUCAAUUAAAAGCAGCUGUACCAGCACUUCUUUGUUCUGUACCAGGUUUUGACGCAUCGGGUCGAGUGGAUGAUCUAGCGGCUGAACUAGGAAAACAAAUCGUCAGCAUUGCGAUUGGAUCUGCGGAAGGUUUUAAUCAAGCUGAUAGAGCUAUUAAUUUAGCGGUGAAAGCAGGAAAAUGGGUAAUGUUAAAGAAUGUUCAUCUCGCACCGCAAUGGCUUGUUCAACUAGAAAAAAAACUUCAUAGUCUCCAACCACAUGCUGGUUUUCGGUUGUUCUUAACUAUGGAAAUAAAUCCAAAAGUACCAGUAAAUCUCUUAAGAGCUGGUAGGAUAUUUGUCUUUGAACCACCACCAGGAAUAAAAGCUAAUCUCUUAAGAACAUUCAGUACCGUGCCGGCAUCUAGAAUGAUGAAAGCACCUAAUGAACGUGCAAGAUUAUACUUCUUGCUGGCUUGGUUCCAUGCUAUAGUUCAAGAAAGAUUACGAUAUUCCCCUCUCGGAUGGGCUAAAUACUAUGAAUUUAAUGAAAGUGAUCUUCGUGUUGCUUGUGAUACUUUAGACACGUGGAUUGAUGCAACAGCUAUGGGACGAACAAAUCUACCACCUGAAAAAGUUCCAUGGGAUGCACUUGUAACUCUUCUGUCUCAAUGUAUUUAUGGAGGUAAAAUUGACAAUGACUUUGAUCAACGACUCUUGGCGUCAUUCUUGAGGAAAUUAUUCACUCCAAGAUCCUUUGAAGGAGACUUCGCUUUAGUAGCUAAUGUAGAUGGUGGUGGCCAAGGAAACCAGAGACACAUUACAAUGCCAGACGGCACUAGAAGAGAUCAUUUCCUUAAAUGGAUUGAAUCCUUAUCUGACAGACAAACUCCAUCAUGGCUGGGACUUCCUAACAAUGCUGAAAAAGUACUUCUUACUACUCGUGGGACAGACUUGGUAUCAAAACUAUUAAAGAUGCAACAGCUAGAAGACGAGGACGAAUUAGCAUAUUCAACGGAUGAAUCUUUAGAUACACCGAGAGAGGCUGAAGCUGAUGGUAGACCAUCUUGGAUGAAAGUACUUCACAAUUCUGCAUCAACAUGGUUGCAAUUGUUGCCAAAGAAUCUUCAAACUCUCAAGAGAACCGUGGAAAACAUUAAAGAUCCAUUAUAUCGAUACUUUGAACGUGAAGUUAACAGUGGAGCUAAGCUUCUUCAAGAUGUAAUUCAUGACCUCGAGGAUGUUGUGCUUAUUUGCUUAGGAGAAAAGAAACAAACGAAUUAUCAUAGAACUAUGCUUUCAGAAUUGGUGAAAGGAAUUUUACCAGGAGGAUGGAGGAGAUAUACGGUACCAAGAGGAUGUACUGUGAUUCAGUGGAUAACUGAUUUUAGUCAUAGAGUAUCCCAAUUACAGGAAGUUUCCCGUCUUGUUUCUCAAGGUGGUGCCAAAGAGAUCAAAAGUUUUCCGGUAUGGUUAGGUGGUCUUCUAAAUCCUGAAGCUUACAUUACAGCAACCCGGCAAUGUAUUGCACAAGCAAACAGUUGGUCUCUCGAGGAAUUGCAGUUGGAUGUAACGAUUGGUGAUGGUGAUAACAUCGCUACUGACGACUGUUCAUUUGCGGUAACUGGUUUAAAACUUCAAGGCGCACUUUGCAAAGAUAACCAGCUUUAUCUUACGUCUACUAUCAUGACGGAUCUACCUGUAACAAUGCUCAGAUGGCAUCGUGCAUCUAGUGAAGAAGUGAGGAAAGGUAAACUUUCAUUGCCAGUUUACCUUAAUAGUACUAGAACAGAACUCCUCUUUACAGUAGAAUUAAACAUAGCGUCGAACCAAGAACCUCAUAGCUUUUAUGAACGAGGAGUCGCUGUACUCACUUCAACAGCGUUGAAUUAAUCAACCCGGAUGUUUAUCAAUCUACUUUACUCUAUAUAUAUAUAUAACAGAUUAAUUUGUUUAUUUUUUCAAGAUGAUUUAAAGAAAAUUUUUAAAAAAUUUACUAUGAAUAUUUAAUAAUUUCUAAAACGCCUGUUUAAGUUUUUAUAAUGAUUCAAUCUUCGUCCUUAUCUUUACAUUGCAUAAUGUUGAGGCCAUGAAAAAUAUUUUUAGGUAAUUAAAUAAAUGAUAGUACUAAUAUUAAAUAAUUUCGAUUUUUGUACGCUUCAAAUUCAGUGGCCUUUUUUAAUAUGAUUAAUUAAUCAUUUUAUCAGUAUGGUUAUUAAUAGUUUUGAAUCAAUUAGAAAUAAAAAA